AUGGGUUUACAACGAAACAAGAACGUAUUAUUGAUCUCUUUGGUUGUACUUGUAGCAAUUUCAGUCGUUACAACAACCAAUUGCCAAACGUUUGAUGUGACCAAGUACGGAGCAAAACCCGAUGGCCCAAUUGAUCAGGCUUUAGUGGAUGCUUGGAAAGAGGCGUGUGCAACACCAGCCAAAGCGAAAAUAAUAGUUCCAAAAGGGACAUACAAAUUAAGCAAGGCAUUUUUCUUGGGACCAUGCAAGUCUCCUGUCGAGUUUCAGCUGGACGGCAUAUUGAUGGCCCCGGCCGCCGCCAGUGGCUUCAAAAGUGGAGACGGAUGGGUCACUUUUGAAAGAAUCCAACACCUGACUGUGAGUGGUACAGGAACUUUCGAUGGCAAUGGCAAAGAUAGUUGGGGAGCCAAAUGCAAGAGAACUGACUAUUGUGCCCAACUCCCCAUUAACCUUAGGCUUAACUACGUAACCGAUUCUGAGUUCAAGGAUUUCACAUCGAAAGACAGCAAACAAUUCCACAUCACAGUUUUGGGAGGAGAGAACCUCUCUUUCAAAAAUCUUAAGAUAACAGCACCCGAGGAUAGCUGGACCACGGAUGGAAUCCACCUUGGGCGUUCGACCAACAUCACCAUCUCCGACUGCACCAUUACAACCGGUGACGACUGCAUCUCCAUUGGAGAUGGAACCAAGAAGUUGACGGUCACCAAGGUCUCGUGCGGACCAGGCCACGGAAUCAGUGUUGGGAGCCUGGGAAAGUACAAGAAUGAACUCCCCGUGGAAGGCGUUACUGUCACUGACUGCACAUUCAAGGGCACCUCAAAUGGAGUCAGGGUCAAGACAUGGGAAGGCUCUCCGGAGGGUAUUGCAACUGACCUGCACUUUGAGAAACUCACCAUGGAAAAUGUUGAAAACCCAAUUAUUAUCGAUCAGGAGUACUGCCCCUGGGGCUCAUGCUCCGACGUUAAAGGGUCUAAGAUCAAGGUUAGCAAAGUGACGUUCAAGGACAUUAAGGGAACUGCUUCGACUCCUUUUGCCUAUAAGCUUGUUUGUGGGUUAUAUCCGUGCGAAAAUGUUCAACUUAUGAACAUUAAUCUCCAAUCCACUGGCGCUAAGAUUGCGGGGAAAGCCACGUCCGUUUGCAAGAAUGUUAAACCCCAGAUUUCCGGCACUAUCAACCCACCGCCUUGCAUCGACUCCGCCGCGUAAUCCCCGGCCGGCGGCCACCACGAAUUGAAUCAUA